CGCAAGGCUCAACCUGGACAACUCUCGCCUUUUAUCAAGUGCCAUGUACCCAGCAAUCACACGUAACCAGACCUAAUUUGCGCAAAACGAAAUGAGUGUGAUUCUAUGCACAGCGGGGUAUGAUCAUACCAUCCGUUUCUGGGAAGCUCUCUCCGGAAUCUGCUCGCGCACCCUCCAGCACCCUGAUUCACAAGUCAACCGUCUCUGCAUCACGCCGGACAAACGAUACCUCGCCGCUGCCGGCCACACCAAUGUCAAGCUCUACGACAUCAAAUCGUCGAACCCGAACCCCGUGAUGACAUUCGAUGGCCACUCGAACAACAUCACGGGCGUCGCUUUCCACUGCGAGGGGAAAUGGAUGGUGACCAGCUCCGAGGACGGCACAGUCAAAGUUUGGGAUACGCGGUCCGGGGGUCUGCAGCGGAACUACGUCCACAAGGCGGCCGUCAAUGAUGUCGUUAUUCAUCCAAACCAGGGAGAACUGAUCAGCGGCGAUCGCGCAGGUACAGUGCGUGUUUGGGAUUUGGGCGAAAGCGUGUGCACGCAUCAAUUGAUUCCAGAAGAUGAUGUUGCCGUGUCGAGUGUGAGCGUGGCGAGCGACGGGUCGUUGCUCUGCGCUGGCAAUAAAAAGGGCAAUGUCUAUAUAUGGCGUAUGAUCCAGGAUACCGAAGUUACUCGAAUUGUCCCCAUCACCACCUUCCAAGCCCACAAAGACUACCUCACGCGAGUCCUUCUCUCGCCCGAUGUCAAACACCUCGCAACCUGCUCGGCCGACCAUACUGCAAAAAUCUGGAACCUGGAUCCCCAAUACCCACCCGCCGUGGCAGCCUCCGCCGCCGCACCCCCAACAUCCAGCACCACCAAACCCAACGGCACCACAACCAACGGCACCGACACCCCUGCCUCCUCUAGCUCAGUCACCCUCCGGAGCACAGCUAGCGACCUCGCAGCCAGCGACUUCAGCAUGUUAGGUGCACAGAUCACCAAUUCUGCAGCUGCAGCAACGUCAUCGCAGCCGCAAGCCGCCUUCCCAGUGCAACCCGACGGCCCACCCCUAGACACCAGCACGAUGACGCUCUUCCUCGAAACGACACUUGCCGGACACCAGCGCUGGGUGUGGGACUGCGCGUUCUCGGCGGACUCGGCCUACCUCGUCACCGUUUCCAGCGAUCAUUACGCGCGGUUGUGGGAGUUGGCGUCGGGGACCAUCAUUCGGCAGUACAGCGGCCACCAUCGCGGAUCAGUCUGUGUUGCGUUGAAUGAUUACUCGGAGCCGCGGUAGUUUCUUUUUUUUUUGUUCUAUCUUGCGAGGGAUAGCACUUUGUUUUGGCUUGGGAUUAUCAUUUAGCAUGGCGUUUUGAUGGGCGUCCGGGAUAGUUGGGAUAUUGGAGUCGGGAAUGGAUGGGAGCGGAAUAGUUAUUAUUCCAGUAUGCCUCAAUGUACGAAUUUUCUAUGUUCAUACAUACUAUAUGAUAGAGUAGUUAUUGAUAUUUUUAUGUCCCGUUUGAAGGUCUAGGUUUCUUCAAUGUUAGUACAUGGGUUUGGAGGUAGGAU